AUGGACGUAACCACUACCACUGAAUCGGCAUAUAUCGUUCUUCAGAUUCCCGCAUCAUCACCAAGAAUCAAGGAACUCGUCAUCAAGUUCCGAGACACCAGGCUCGCAGUCCUCCAAGCCGAUCCAGGAAGCAGUCUAGCACAAUACGAGGUUGAAUCUCAACUUCCAGACUCGAUAUGGCAUGGUCGACUCGCGGGUAACACAAAGUUCCUCGUAUGUGUACAGGCCACUGAUCGUACGCUUCCACCCGAGCAUCUUCUCCUGCAAGGGGACUGGGCUGGCUAUGCAGCGCUCCGAGAGCGUGUGAGUGUCGAGGAUUAUUAUCUCGUUCCGGAGCAACCAGUACCUGAAGAUCCAGAUAUAGAGAUUAGAUGGCAUUUGUACGAUCUCUACACUGUGCCCGCGCACCGUGGCCGCAACGUCGCGAAGAAGCUAGUGGCUGGCUGUGUAGCUGUGGUGGAGGGCGACCUCGGCAUGGACGAUAGCUACAAGAUAGCACGCUUAAGACUGUACGCCAACCCAAGCUAUUCGUGGCUCAUCAAAUGGUAUGAAAGAUUUGGUUUCAAGGAGGGGGGCAGAGUGAACUUGAGGCAAGGCUUUGUGGCCAGCGCCAUGCAAGACAGCGUGCCAAAGGACACGACUAGUACGCGAGAACUGUGGGAGAGGUGGGAAAGGCCAUUUGCUUACAUCAUGGAGAGGGUAUUCGAGGUUGCUUGA